UGCAAUUAGGGUUAGGUUUCCGUCUCCUCCGCCUAUAAAAACCCUCCUCCUCCUCCCUAACCCACUAACUCAUUUCUAGUAGCCAGCCACGCUCUCAGUAAACCUACAAGAUGGAGCAGACUUUCAUCAUGAUCAAGCCCGAUGGAGUCCAGAGAGGCCUGGUUGGCGAGAUCAUUGGCAGAUUUGAGAAGAAGGGUUUUUCUUUGAACGGUUUGAAGCUAGUGACUGUGGAACGCUCUUUUGCCGAGAAGCAUUAUGAGGAUCUGUCUGCAAAGCCUUUCUUUAGCGGACUUGUUGAUUACAUUAUUUCUGGCCCUGUUGUUGCCAUGGUUUGGGAGGGUAAGAAUGUCGUUGUAACUGGCCGAAAGAUUAUCGGAGCCACAAACCCUGCAGAUUCUGCCCCUGGAACCAUUCGAGGCGAUUUUGCAAUUGAAAUUGGCAGGAAUGUCAUCCAUGGCAGUGAUUCAGUUGAGAGUGCCGGGAAGGAAAUUGCACUGUGGUUUCCUGAAGGCCCUGUUAGCUGGCAGAGUAGUAUUCACCAAUGGAUCUAUGAGUAAAGCAAAAGGCUUCAAUGAUAUGUUAGCUGCAGCUGGUCUGGCUAUUUAUCCUCGUAGUUUCAUGUUAUGUCUACAUCAGUUUCAGUGAACUUUUUUGUCUUGUUCUUGCUCCCUUCAUGUUACUGAAAGUUUUAGUGACAUAAAAUGCUAUUGCAAUUAGUUUCAGAACAUGUUUUUGAGUGCUAUGUGUGGGUUCCUUGCCUAUUAAUCUCAAAAUUACUCUUAAGAGCGCCAAACUAUCAAAUAAGAGAUGAAAAUUUGUAAUGGUAAUGGAAGGAUUAAUCUGUUCAGCUCCA